UUUUUUAAUCCUUCAUAUCCGAAUUAUAUACAGUCCUUUGGUUCUCUAUCGCAAUAUCAAUUGCGCAUUCCGCAUCCCUUUGGCGGACAGCAGUCAAUCUUUUUCAGAUACCUAAACGUUUCCUUUCUCUUCUACGUCUUUGUUGUUGAACAAUUGUAGCCGAAUGGCGGAACCACGAAUUGAGAUCGGUGCGGAUGGCGAUGUAGAAAUGGCCGCUUCUACGGAGACUCCUGUUGAGGUCGAAAGUGCGGAAGCUGUGGAGGAUGGAGCAGAAGCUGUGGGCGCCGAUGGGGAGGAAGUAGGUGCGCCAACUUCAGACAACAAGGAAUCCACAUUUGUCGAGUUCUUAAAAUCGCCGAUCGUGGAAUUGGUUGUUGGUAGAGGCGAUGAGCAAACCACCGUCACUGCACAUCAAGCCAUACUGACAGCGAGCCCCUUUUUCAAAGACGCAAUCUCACAUUUCACUGACGAUGGCCCUCGUCGCAUCAUUUUGGAGGACGAGAUGUUAGAUACCAUAGGCUGCUUCCUCCAAUAUCAGUACACCGGCGAAUAUUUCCCAAGACGCCUUGUCGCGCCGUCGGACGCACUCGAAACCCACCCUUCAAUUCCAGCCAUCGAUGACACUGGCGAGCAGCUGCUAAAACAUGCGCGCAUAUACACCCUAGCCGAGAAACUCGGCCUGCAGAAGCUCAAGCAACUGGCCCACAGCAAGAUCCAUCGCAUCAACAGCACAGCGCGUGGCGAAAUCGCAUACGCCAGAUAUGUCUACGGCAAUACUCCCGCGGACGAUACCGUUAUUCGGAAACCUGUUGCCGCCUUUUGGGCGACGAGGAGUCAUGUCCUGCGCCACGAGGCGGAGCAGGAGUUCAAAACCAUGUGUUUGGAAUACCCACAGUUUGGCUUCGAUGUGCUCAGCCUUGUGCUUGAUCAAAAGGAAAAGCGUAGUCACGACCGGGAGGCCGAAACGCCGGCCAAAGGUAGCGCACGAAAGAGAGCACGAACACAGCUCUAAACGAAAUAGCCUUGCGUUUAUACGUUUUUCUUAUAAUUAUCCCUGUAAUCUCUGGGUUGAUUGAUUUAUUCUCUCUAAGGGAAUGGGUCGUCAUGUCUAUUUUCCCCCAUGUGCGGCAUGCUUCUGGUGAGAAAACUUGUUUGAAUCUUUCAAUUUAUAUUCAUAAUAACCCAGGCUAAGGAUGUGGAUAUGUGGCAUGAAGAUUUUCGUUAGUGGGAGCGUGCUUUUUGUCCACCUUGAAGGAAUAUCUUUGUGCUACUAACCCCCAUCUGAGAGCAGCAUGUUUUUUCAACGAAAGCUCAUCGGAUUCUUGAAGGUGUGAUUUGAGGAACAUGGUUUCAGCCCUAACUCAUUUUUGCCAACUAACCCUCGUCAACGGAGAUGGAGGCUCUUGCGGUAAAAUACAUUCGCAGCGUACAUAUAUAUCCUUUUGUCGAUUGCUGUGGACCCUGUGGAAAGAAAGUGUUAUAAAAGAGAACAAUGAUCAUCGAUCAUCAAGUAUAAUACUUCGUUGCAAUUAGAC